UUGCUCUUCGUUUAGCUCCCACACAUUGAGAUCAAAAAGCCAAUCUAUCAUCAAUGGAGGUUCCUACUGCUUUCCUGGUCAUUUCUCUUCUGCUCACAUGCUUUUCAGCCACUACCUAUGGUGUGACCUUCUCUUCCCUGAAAAAGACUCUUGUUGUUACUACUACCACAAAAGACCAAGUUCUGAAAGCAGGGGAUGAACAAAUCACAGUGACAUGGGAAUUCAACAAGACCUACCCAGCAGGGACAGACUCGGACUACAAGACAGUAAAAGUCAAACUUUGCUAUGCACCCAUUAGCCAAAAGGACCGCUCUUGGAGGAAAACAGUGGACCUUUUGAAAAAAGACAAGACCUGUUUACAAAAGAUUGCGGCUGAGCCAUACCAUGCUUCAAACAACUCAUUUACAUGGAUCAUAGAGAAAGACGUACCAACUGGUACAUAUUUUGUGAGGGUCUAUGCAUUCAACACUCAGGGAGAAGAGGUAGCCUAUGGUCAAAGCACAAAUGCUGAAAAAUCUACCAACUUGUUCGAGGUUCAAGCAAUCACAGGACGUCACGUGUCGCUUGAUAUUGCAUCUAUCUGCUUUUCUGCUUUCUCUAUUGUCGCAUUGGGUGGUUUCUUCUACAUGGAGAAGAGGAAUGGAAAGGCAUCGGCACAGAAAUGAGAUUGUUAACAGUAUGGGAACUAAUGUUCUAUUACUCGCUACUAUUUAAAUACAGAAAAAAGAAUAAAAAAGAAACACCCUACUUUGGUUCUAUAACUAAAGAUGGUUGUUUGUUUUUUUUAGAUAGAAAGGAAGGUGUGCUCUUUGUUUAUGUCUGGUGAGUGGUGUUCAAAACUGA